UUCUACGUUUCACUGUCAUUUUCUCUCCAUCCAUUGUUUCUUCUAACCUCCGAACCUACCUCUCUCUUUCUCUCUCUCACACACAAAUUCUCUCUCUAGAUUGCCACAGCAUCUUCUCCCUUUAUAUAUCUCUCGCGUCACACUUCCUCACUCCACAGUCCACACUCAACCAUCACUUUCUCUUUCUCUCUCUAAAAUCUCUCCCUAUCAUGGAUUCAUUUUCCAUAGACAAACGACCUCGAUUUCUCAAAGACUUCCUCACAGACGAAUCAAAUUCAUGCGAUUCGACUGUACGGAGCCUUCUCCAACUUGAUCUCAGGCCUAACAAUACGACCAAAUUACUCCGAACCCGAUCAAGAACAGCUUCAAUGGCGUUCUCUGCAAUUCACAGAGCAUCGGAGGUCGUGAUUAACGCCGUUAAACACCUCCCGAUCAGGUCCGUUAGGUCUCCGUCGCUUUUGCCGAGAAACAUUUCCCGGAGACUCUCGAAACGCAAAAACGACUGCGUAUUACGGGAGAUCUCGGUUACUGUCAAGGUGAGGGACAUAUUGCGAUUGAAAUCGUUCCGGGACCUGAUUGAAGAAAAAUCUCCGCCGUUGGAUUUUGAUUGUUCUCCGCAUCGGUGCACCACCACCACCACAACCACAACUAGGACGGAGUCCACCAGUACAAGUGCAAGUAGCAGCUGGUGUGAUAGCGAUUUCACCGCCGACGAGAAUUUACCGUUUUGGUGCGGUAAAUGUGACGACGAGGAGGAGGUUGAAAUGGGUAAAAAAUGUUUAACCGAUUGUGGUGUCGGCGCAGAUAUUAUGGAGGAGGCAACAGGAGAAACGGUGGACCCCAUGGGAGAGUUUAUUUGCGAGGAGGAAGAACAGCACAGCCCCGUAUCGGUGCUUGAUUUCCCAUUCAGAGAAGAUGAAGAUGAAGAACAAGAAAUUGGAGCUGAAGAAAAGGCAAUGCAGCUACUAAAUCAAGUACUCGAAACAAGAAGCUCAGUAGAUAGCAAAGCCAAUGUGGAUACUCUGCUGUUUGAUUUCUUUAGCCAUGAACUGACCACCACAGGCAGAAAUCAACAGCAAAAUGAGUCUGAUUGCGAGAUGGUUAGAGUAGCCAAAGCUUGGAUUAGUGGACAACAAAAUGAUGGGAAGUCACUAGCAUGGAAAGUGGAGAGCAAUAGAGAAGCAUAUAGUAGAGACAUGCAGAGGAUAGUUAGGUGGAACAAGUUUGAAGAGGAACAAGAAGAAUUAGUCUUGGAUGUGGAGAUUGGGGUGUUGAGCUAUUUGGUGGAUGAGCUUUUGGCUGAUCUUUCUAUUCCUUAAAAAGGAGGAUAGCGACCGGACUUCACUACCUUAGAGAUGUUUGGCGUGACGUCCGAUUAAGGAUUGUGUCUACUCGGUUACCACUUGUAAUGAGUCAGAUACUUACCAUCGGAUUUAAAACUGGAUUGUGUCUACUCGGUUACCCCUUGUAACAAGUCAGAUACUUACCAUCGGAUUUAAAACUUUAAACUGUUAGGUGGAGUUGUGUGCCUAUUCUGAUCAGCUCAAGAUGCACUCCAUCCGAAUUCAUUGUCUGACAAGAACCUCUAACAUCCAGGGACAAAGAAGUUCAAUUUGCCCUAUCCUUCAGAAAUAAGCCCAACAAUGUACAUAAAGUCCAUGUCUCAUCUAAAGCCCAACAAUGUAUAUGUUAAGUCAAUGACUCAUUCAAUGAGUUCAUGGGGGGAGCCAAAUGUUAAAAAUGCCACUUGUCCCGUAACUUUUUGUAAAUAAUGUGUCCAACAAUGUACGAAUUGAAAUUUGCAAUAAAUUAAAAUUUAGAAAAAAAAA